AUGGCAUGUCAUGUUAUUGGGAUUGAAGUUGAUAUUAUGUCUUGCUAUUUCUUGUUGAAAUGUUUGGUAGAUGCAAAUAGAGUGGGUGAUGAUGAUGAUGAUGAUGGUGUGAGUGUGAGGUGUUUUUUUGAGGAUUUGAGAAAUUUUGGUCCAACGCCGAAUAUCCACACUUAUACAAUCAUGAUGAAUUUUUAUUGUAGAGAUGUUCGGUGCAGUGCUGAUAUCAGUCCGGCUUCUGAGAUUUUCGGGAACAUUUAUAGGAGUGGGGAAACCCCGAAUGUUGUCACGUAUAGUACUUAUAUUAAGGGACUUUGUAAAGCUGGUUCUCUUAGGGUUGUAUGGAAGUUAAUUUGUAACAUGUGCCGUGAAAACCAGCCAAUCAAUAACCAUUGUUUUAAUGCUAUCAUGUAUGGGUUGUGUCAAAGAGGUGAGUUAGAUGAAGCUUCACAAGUUUUGGAAGAAAUGAAGAGCAUCGGAAUAUUGCCCGAUGUUUAUGGUUAUUAUGUUUUUGUUAAUGCUAAAGAUGUUGGGAUUGAAGUUGAUAUUAUGUCUUGCAAUUUCUUGUUGAAAUGUUUGGUAGAUGCAAAUAGAGUGGGUGAUGAUGAUGAUGAUGAUGAUGAUGAUGGUGUGAGUGUGAGUGUGAGGUGUUUUUUUGAGGAUUUGAGAAAUUUUGGUCCAACGCCGAAUAUCCACGCUUAUACAAUCAUGAUGAAUUUUUAUUGUAGAGAUGUUCGGUGCAGUGCUGAUAUCAGUCCGGCUUCUGAGAUUUUCGGGAACAUUUAUAGGAGUGGGGAAACCCCGAAUGUUGUCACGUAUAGUACUUAUAUUAAGGGACUUUGUAAAGCUGGUUCUCUUAGGGUUGUAUGGAAGUUAAUUUGUAACAUGUGCCGUGAAAACUAG